GAGCAACUUCUUUGUCGAUGAAACAGGUAGGACCUACUCCACCUUUAAUCAAGGCUGAUGUUCCAUGGUCAGCUCGGAGGGGGACUCUUUCUGAGGAGGAGCGUGUCUUGAAAACAGUGAAGGGCAUACUGAACAAGCUGACUCCUGAGAAAUUUGAUCUUCUAAAGGGUCAACUUAUUGAAUCUGGGAUCACAACGCCUGAUAUUUUGAAGGGAGUUAUCUCUCUGAUAUUUGAGAAGGCUGUGCUGGAGCCAACAUUUUGUCCAAUGUAUGCACAACUAUGUUCUGAUCUGAAUGAGAAGCUUCCUCCCUUCCCAUCUGAUGAGCCUGGUGGAAAAGAAAUCACAUUUAAGAGAGUUCUUCUGAAUAUCUGUCAGGAGGCAUUUGAAGGUGCUGACAAAUUGCGGGCAGAGCUCAGGCAGAUGACUGCCCCUGAGCAAGAGUUGGAAAGAAGAGAUAAAGAAAGGUUGGUCAAACUCCGCACUCUCGGGAACAUUCGCCUGAUAGGAGAGCUUUUGAAGCAAAAGAUGGUUCCAGAGAAGAUUGUCCACCACAUUGUUCAGGAACUCAUAGGACCUGAUACGAAGAGUUGUCCAGCUGAGGAGAAUGUUGAAGCCAUAUGCCAGUUCUUUAUCACCAUUGGGAAACAGCUUGAUGAGAACCAAAAAUCUAGGCGUAUCAACGAUAUGUAUUUUGGUCGGUUGAAGGAAGUGUCAGCAAACCCGCAGCUAGCUCUACGACUGAGGUUUAUGAUUCGUGAUGUUCUUGAUUUGCGUUCAAAUAAUUGGGUUCCCAGACGGGAAGAGGUGAGGGCCAAAACUAUCACUGAGAUUCACUCAGAAGCAGAGAAGAAUCUUAGGUUGCGCCCAGGAGUUACUGCUAGCAUUAGAAAUAACAGAAACAUUGCUUCUGGGGCUCAAGGGAGUAUUAGUCCUGGUGGCUUGCCUAUUAGUCGCCCUGGUGCAGGUGGCAUGAUGCCUGGAAUGCCAGGGACGAGGAAGAUGCCUGGUAUGCCUGGACUUGAUAAUGACAGCUGGGAAGUUUCUAGGUCCCGAUCAAUGCCAAGAGGCGAUAGUUCAACAGUUCAGCCUGCUGGGCGUGUCCAACCACCAUUGAUACAAUCACCAUCCCCGAACCAGCGAUUUCUGCCUCAGGGUAGUGGUGGUUUCUCAAGUGAUAGACCUAGUGCCCUCCUACAGGGUAGUGGUGCACCUCUUGUUCGUCCUGCUAAAUAUGGAGAAUAUGCUGUGGGCCCUGGAUUACAAGUCCCUGCCAAUAGUAGACCCGCGCCAACAUCAUCCGCUGCACCAGUAACUGGCAAACCUACAGCUCCAGCUGCAAUAAAGAAUCCAAACGAACUUAGGAGAAAAACAAUUUCGCUUCUGGAUGAAUAUUUUAGCGUCAGAAUUUUGGAUGAAGCAUUACAAUGCAUUGAGGAACUGAAGGCCCCGGCUUAUCAUCCUGAAAUUGUCAAGGAGUCCAUUUCCCUUGGGUUGGAGAAAAGUCCACCUUGUGUAGAGCUGGUUGCUAAGCUUCUAGAGUACUUGUAUACUAAGAAAGUUGUUACUGCUAAUGACUUGGUCACUGGAUGCCUCCUCUAUGCCUCACUGUUGGAUGAUCUUGCAAUUGAUAUACCAAAAGCACCGGCCAAUUUUGGAGAGAUAGUCGGGAAAUUAGUCUUGGUUGGUGGGCUCGACUUCAAGUUGGUGAGGGAGAUUCUGAAAAAGGUGGGUGAUGAAUUUUUCCGGAAAGCCGUAUUCACAUCCAUAAUGAGGAUUGUUAGCUCUAAUCCUCCUGGAAAAGGGGUGAUAGAUUCACAAGCAUCUGAUAUUGAGGCCUGUGAAAGCCUAAUUUAGGGCUUACUCAUUGCAGGAGUCAUCUGUAACCUCACAGGAAAUGUGCCCUCUUUCAAUUACCAUUUCUUCUCAUUAUUCCCAUCCAAGCCGAUGAGUGAUUGUGGUGAAAGUAAUGAGGAUGCGAAGCUGUGAAGAACAGGUGAUAUUAUGUGGACUCUGUAUAAUUUUCUUGAGGUCAUAGUACUGUCAUUGAAGAUAUAACAACAUAAAGAUUUUGGUUUGCGAGUGGCUGAUCACUGGCCAUAGUUUGCUGGAGAGAUGAACCAUGUUGUUCUGUAUUGAUUAGAUUUUAUUUACUUAAUUUGUCGUUUUAUUAAUUGAAGUUUUGACAGAAGUAUAAACUCAUAAUGCUGAGUGUGCACAAUUUUAAAGGAGAAUCCUAUGUUGUGUUAA